AUGUCUUCCUCAGCCCUUCUCAACACUGUGCUUGUCACCGGCGGCGGCGGUUUCCUGGGAUCCCAUAUCGUGCGGAAGCUCUUGACGGAACCCGGGUGCAAAAUCUACUCUGCUAGUCGGAAUCCGAGCAGCCAUCCUGACCAAGAAGAUGGCGUAGUCUACGAAGCAGUCGAUAUCGCCAACCAGGACCAAGUGGCAGCCCUGUUCCAGAGAAUUAAACCGCAGGUCGUCAUCCACACCACUUCACCCAAUCCUCUUGCAUCGCCUCGGGAGCAGCACCGGGUAAAUGUCGAGGGGACCAAGCAUCUCCUACGACAUGCUGUAUAUUGCGUCAACACGCGUGCCUUUAUCUUCACCGGAUCGGACUCUGGCAUGUUCCCGAACCAAGACCAAAUCUCCGAAGAACAGGCUCAACUUUACACAGCAUCCCACAACGCCUAUCCGUAUGGUAAGACCAAGGGCAUUGCCGAUGCCUUGGUACUGGCUACCAACGGACCAGACCUUCGUACGAUAUCACUUCGUGUUCCCGGCUUAUAUGGCGACCAUGAUUACAAAAACCUGCUACCCCAGCUUUUGGGCGCAAUCCGUCGAGGAGAGCACAAAACGCAGGUCGGCGAUAAUAGCAAGGUUUUCGAAGUUCUCCACGUACACAAGGCUGCCGAAGCCCACAUUGCUGCAGCAAAGGCAUUGCUCCGCGCUGAUGCAUGUCUAGAUUUGGCCUCAAAGGUGGAUGGCGAAGCCUUCUUUAUCAGCGAUGGACAUGCGACUCCUUAUUGGGACUUUUUUCGGCGGUGCUACGCUGCAGCAGGUGCAUCAGUCGAGCCAGAAGAGGUGAACAUUGUAUCGCUAAGCAAAGCACAGACAAUAGCCUCGCUCGCUGAAUGGGUUUACGCAGUAUUUACGUUAGGCUACAAGAAGCCGCAGAUGCGGCGACAGAACAUGGACUAUUUUGAUCGUGGGUGCAACUGGUCUAUUGAGAAGGCGAAAGAGCGUUUGGGUUACGAGCCUUUGACUGUGGAAGAACAAGACGCGGCAAUUAAGAGCAUGAUGGACUGGGGCAUUGCCAACCUCCCCAAGCCGUGA